UCAAUUUCAGGUUAAUAAUGAAAUACUCUCUAUCGGUGUUUAUGCUUCUAUGUUAUUUAUGAUUUUUGUUUCUUUAACUACUGACUGGCUGAGGUAUAAAAUUGUAAUAGUUAUCCAAGCGCUAUGUGGUGUUUGUAUUUAUGCUUCGUUAUCUUUAUUUACAAGUUUUACAUCUAUUGUUGUAGUUGAAAUUUUAUAUGGCUUGUUUGUUGCUACAGAAGUUGCAUACUACASAUAUACAUAUUCUGUUGUGAAUGUGAAAUAUUACCAGAAAGUUACCAGUUACACUAGAGCUGCACAUCUUAUAGGGCGUUUCUUUUCAGGAUUUCUUUCUCAGGUGUUCAUUUCAACCAAAUUAGUUGAUACAUAUCAAUUAAAUUUCAUCACAUUAGGAAGUCUGACAGCUGCAAUGAUGUGGACUAUAACAUUGCCAGCUAUAAAAAAAAGUGAGCCUAAGCCAGAAGCUCAGAAAAUGAAUGUAAUAGAUAAAACAUUAGAAACAAAAUUGGAAAAUGAAAAUUAUGAUUUAGCUGAGAAUAAUAUAAAACAUAAAAAGAUGUCAUGGAAAUAUUUCAAAUCCAUGUGUAAAGAGUAUAAGAGUUUGUAUAUUUUGAAAUGGUCAUUUUGGGUGAUAACUGCAACUUGUUGCUUUAAUCAAGUUUUGUAUUAUAUUCAAUCAUUGUGGGAAUCCUUAAGUAAUGACGAAUGCCUUCAGAGUAGUAUUAUUAAUUGUACUAAAACUUCAGAAUGGAAUGGUGGUGUUGAUGCUGUUUAUACAAUAAUAAGUAUGAUUCUUACUAAC